AUGCGUCUCACAUGUAAUGAUCGACGGGGCGGGUGGCGGAAAUGGGAAGUGGAGCUUUAUCUGCGGGGGGGGGGAAGGGGGGGUUGGUGUAACGACGGAGGAGGGAGGCGGCUUUUGUCUCUCCCUGUCGGUUUGCUGUUGAUGUCCAACUUACCAUAUUGCUAGUUCUUUCUUUUUUUUUUCCCCCGCUUCACUUUUUACUCCGCUUUUGUUCGGACGGAGGAAAGCAAUCCCUGGUUCGAAAAGGUAUAUUUGAUCUAGGCAUAAUUACAUUUUUUAUCCGUUGAUGUUACCUUAUAUCAUUUUACACCUCCGAUAAUCGUAGCGCAGAGCGAGAGAGUAAACAAUAAGAAACAGAUCCCUUCCCCUAUCUUCCGACAUGCACGUCCUCUACGGAACGCACCCGCUCGCUCAUGGAUUAAGCGGGG